AUGUGUUGCCUACUCUUGCUUCCUGUCUUGUAUCUAGCCUUUCAUGUCGCUCAGGCUGCCCCAGCCGGCCCGGGUGAUCGUGAAACCGACUGGCAACACUACCUACACGGAUGGUCUCCGCAGCAAAGCCCCAUCUCGCCGAGUCAACAUCAAGGUCCGUGGUCAGGUUCCUCUCAAUCAAGCGUUGGACCGCAGCACCCAGCCGCCAACAAUUGGUCGCCUGCAAACGCACCCAACUCCCAGUUCUGGGGAGGGCACGCCAAUGAUGCCCAGCCCUCUCAGUCAUGGGAUCAUGCGCUGACGCCGCCAUAUUCGUUCUCGACACACGACUACUCGUAUACGCCUCCCGAGCUGAAACCGGAAGACCUCGAGUUUCUUCAUGAUGCUCUGAUGGAUUCAGACAGUGAGCAGCAUCGUUCUGGCGCUCAAGCCGGCACUUCAACAAGCGAAGCCUGGCCCGGCUAUGUCAAUAAUGAUCAGACACACGGCUCCCAGUACUGGGGACGACAUGCCAAUGACGACCAGCCCUUUCAGCCAUGGAAUCAUGCUCUCACUCGUCCCUAUUCAUUCUCGCCGCACGAAUACUCGUCUACACCAGUGAAACUUAAUGCGGAAGAACUCGAAUUCCUUCAAAAUGCUCUGAGGGAUUCAGAUGGUGAAGUACCUCUUCCGAGCGCGCGAUCUACAGGCGGCGAAGCCGGCACCUCAGCGAACGUAGUCAAGAAUCUUGAGUCAGUCCAAGACGGGUCCAGUGCGAUCUCAGGUCAGCAAAAGCCUACUGAGGAAGGCUCUCAAGUUGCUCGACCGAAACGCCGUCGUAAUCGAGGAGGUGUGGGUAGGUUGCGCGAGCCAAGUUCGCUGGGAAAGAUUCCCUAUACGGAGCCAUUGGGGAGCGAUAUUAAAUUGUCGGGCUCGUUAUACUUUACGCCGAGCGAGAAGCUCAUCCAAGACAUAAGCUUGCAGUUGUUUGGCGGCAAGCUGCGUACGGUUGACGAGCGCGUUUUCCACUUUGUGAAACCCCAAAACUACUGGGCCAUGUGGCCGAUGCACAAACGUAGUCGUCGUCUUCCUCUUUUCAGCACCACCGCAGCAGACGGGAAAACCAAGCUCGAGAUCUACAUGACAGACAAUAACAACAGGGAGCCAAACAAGAAGCUCAAAGGGACUGUACUCGAAAACAAACGCUACUACAUGUUUUUCGGCGUGCCCGAGACGCUGAAGGCAAAGAACACCAUCGAGUAUUACGGCGCCGGCUACAUCAACGCGGAAGACCAUGUUGCUGUCGAUCAACACCUUAUGCCGCUGUUGAGAGUGCUGAACCAGGCAGCUGGAACCCGACCAUAG